AUGACCAAGUUUGUUGCAAAGAAAGCCGUCCUGCUGCUCUCCCUGCUCCUCCUGGGCACGGUGGAGUCCAAGCCACUGGAUUGGGAACAGGAUCACAUCGAGGAUCAGCAUGUGCGCAAGGAGCGCCAGCUGAAGAUGGCCGGCUCAACGGAUCCCGACGUCAAGAUGGUGGCCAACGUGACUCCAGCGACGGCCUCUCAACCCAUGUCCAUGGCCAUGGGUGUACCCAUGAACCAGAUGGCCCUGAGCUCGGUCGGUGGCCAGUUGGUGAGGUAUCCCAACUACCCGGGUCUGAUCUACCCUGGCCUCUCGCCGGCACCGGCACCAGGCCUAAAUGGCGUUCCCGGCCUGCAGACGAACAUUGCCAACACCUAUCCUUCGUAUCCGGAUCCCAAUCUGGCAGGAUCAGUGCCUGGCUUCAAUCCCUUUGGCUCAUUCGGCUAUCCAGGCGUGGCACCCAUGUACGGAAACCCCCUGAUGUAUCCCAACACCCAGCUGCCCAAUGGAUUUGUGCCCAACCCGGCCGUAGACAACUUCCAGUCGCUCAACAAUAUUGUCAACAUGGCCAAUGUUCAGGGAUUGACUGGCGGCACUUCCGCAUCAUAUCCAGCACCUCAAGGAUUCGGUGGCGUGAGCCCGGGUCUAUAUCCCGCCCCGCAGGGAUUCGGUGGAGCCAACCCGGGACCUUACCCAGCACCCCAAGUCAACAUGCAAGGAUUGUAUCCACCAUCCGGCGGUUUCCUGCAGCCCAUGAACAUGCAGGCCUAUGCCCCAGGAUUUUGA